GUGUGUGUGCAUGUGUUUGCGUGUGCGUGCAGGCUCCUGUGUUGGAAUAAGGAUUGCCUCCUGUUCCUUUUUGACAUGGAAAUGUUUUUGCUCACCAUCCCAGCUGCCAGGCUCCAGCAGGUCUGUCACUGGGGCAAUCUGAACGGUGUUGGCUCCUGACUCUUUCUACAAACUCUUCAUUUCCAGCACGUGGGCCAGACAGCGCACCAGUCAGAUCAGAUAAAACCGUUGCAAUUUCCGAGCAGUUUGGUCCAGGCGACUGUGCUCAGGUUAUGACGACUAACCCCAAGCCAAACAAGGCAUUAAAGGUCAAGAAGGAGUCAGGAGAGAACGCCCCGGUCCUGAGCGACGAUGAGCUGGUGUCCAUGUCGGUGCGGGAGCUCAACCAGCACCUGCGGGGCCUCACCAAGGAGGAGGUGAUCCGCCUCAAGCAGCGGCGCCGCACGCUCAAGAACCGGGGCUACGCCGCCAGCUGCCGCAUCAAGCGUGUGACGCAGAAGGAGGAGCUGGAGCGGCAGCGGGUGGAGCUGCAGCAGGAGGUCGAGAAGCUGGCGCGGGAGAACAGCAGCAUGAAGCUGGAGCUGGACGCCCUGCGCUCCAAGUACGAGGCGCUGCAGACGUUCGCCCGCACCGUGGCCCGGGGACCCAUCGCCCCCACCAAAGUCGCCACGACCAGCGUCAUCACCAUCGUCAAGUCGGCCGAGCUCUCGUCCGCCUCGGUGCCCUUCUCGGCCGCGUCGUAGUGCCGCGUCCCAGGAGCCGGGGCGGUACGGAGGGAGGGG